AUGAGCCUCCCCAACGUCCCGACGCCAGAUAACGGCGAUCGCCGCGCGCCCUUGCCUACGGAGGUCGUUCUCAAGAUAAUGAAAGUCUUCGUCCAAAAUGAGCUCCGAGAGCUCCGAGAAGCUCAGGAUUCCGUCGAAACUUAUUGGUUCCUCGACAAGCUCACGGGCAAUCCCAGCGUCAACCUCAGGGAAGUGCUCCGAAAGACGCCCAAUAUGAACCGGAUACACAAAGGCCGCUUCAAGUGCCUUCACUUCUCUUCUGUCUUCAUCUUCGAGCCACCACAGCAAUACCACGCUGUGGCAGCCUGCAGCAAUAGUAUGGCCGACGUCUCGCCGCUGCCGGCCGCAGCUGGCACAAUGACGCAGCCAUCUCUCAAGAAAAUCUGGUCUGGCCUGCCUUACGAGAUAUUUCUUCUCAUCGUCGACGAGAUGAUCGAAGAUGCCUGGGUCAUUUCAAUCGCCGAGCCUUUGGUCGUGCGCCUAAACACAGAGGAUUUCUCCAUGAAAGCCCACAAGAUGUUCACCCAACCCGCUGGACAUGAACAGUACCACCAAAUACUGUUCUACGAUUCCACGAUACACUGCAACCGACUCCGGCGAAUUCGAACCACGCUCCAUCUCAAUCGGAAAACGAGGGCCAUGGUUGAAGCAAGAUUCAUUCGUUUACCCUCUCUUAAGCCCUGUGAUCCUGAUUUCCCACAGUGGAAGCCUUGCAUGUGGCUCUGCCCGGGCACCGACAUCUUCUACGCCACCCUCAAAUGGCUCUUUGCCGUACUCAUCGACAUCCGCCGUAUGGGGGAGAUGCAACACGGCUCAGCGCUGCAGCAUCUCGACAACCUGCGUCUUGAAGCUGACAGCUGCAGCUCGAUCUUGAGGUUUUUCAUCCCAAACAUUGCUGCCAUUAUUAAGAUGUCCAACCUCAAGUCAGUCACGUUUGUCAUGGAAGUAGAUGAUCCCUUCUUCCAAUACUCUCUUGCCCCCCUCGUACAAUACUAUUCACGUCGCUCCGCGGAUCACCCCGUCCCAGCCGAUGUCGCCCUAAGCCGACACUUGGAAUAUCAAGUGGACGGUACUGUUCACUUGUGGGCGCCGAUCUGGGCCAAGGGAAUCCGCGUUCUGAUUGAUGUGUCAGACGAGUGCGCGCACCACAGCGCGGUGGGGGAGCUGUUUCCGAGGCAUGGGGAAAUCAGGGUGCGACUCUUUCCUCCCCCGACGUGCGACUGCUACAAGCCUGAGUAG